AUGUGUAUUGGCUGUAACAUAUUUCAAGGUAUUGGAUAUACUUCAUUCAAAGGGGACUGUACUAAAUAUGUUCAGUGUGAAUCAAUUGGUGAAAAGGUGGUUGGACAGGUGAUGAGCUGUGCUCCAGGAAUGUUUUGGAAUCCAAUGGUACCGGGGUGUAGUCCAGCUCAAUCAACUUCUUGUAAAUAUGAUAAAUGUAGGGCAUCGCCAGAAGGUUCAAAAAAUGAAAUAGUAGGAAGUUGUAGAAGUUAUUAUGAAUGUGUUGGAAAGAAGUCCAAAAUAGGAUGCUGUAAGAUUGAUGAGAUCUUUGUUAAAGACACUUGUGUACUAGAUACAACUGCUUCAUGUUCCGAUGGUUGUCUAUUGGAUCUGAGACUUAAAGCCGGUGUAUGUUCGACAAGAAGAGCUGUUACUGGUGAUGAUACAGUCUAUGAAGCCUUAAAUGCUAGAAAUCAAUGGACGCAACUAUCUUGUACAGCUGGUAACAAAUACGAUGCUGUUUCCUGUUACUGUAUAGCACAAGAUACUGUUAGUGUAGUAUCUUCAAAUCCAACAGAUUUGGUUCAUCAUCUGACCCAUCUUCACAAUGGUCAAGCUAUUACGUCUUCAUCUUAUGCUUUGACUGCUAUAGCCAAAUAUCUUGUUUCGCACUGGUGUACUGGUGUAGUUAGUCAGGCAUUUCGACCAAAUCCAUAUGAUUGCAGUAUGUACGUCCACUGUGCCUUGAUUUUUGAUACUGUGCAGAAGUUCAAUAAAACCUGUCGUGGAAAUUUAUUUUGGUCUAAUACGGCGUGUGCUUUCGCUAAAGACGUGGACUGUGAAAUAAUUCAAUGUGAAACAGCAGCAAAUGGCGCCACAUAUCCGAUAGGUAACAACUGUAAAAAUUAUUAUGAAUGUUCUGAUGGUAAAACUGAAGUAAAAUGUUGUGAAACUGGACAGUAUUAUGACGGUUCCAAUUGUGUUCCUGAUACAGCAAGUUCCUGCUCCGACGAUUGUAUAAUUGAAAGUACAGAUACUUCGAGGAUAAGGUGUGAACUUAUGGCCCACUUUGAAUUUGAUUGGGACUAUGUUGACAGUUCUACUAACAGAAUAAUUCCUGCCACCACCAACACAGAACUGUCAGGAACCAGUACAGAUCAAUAUAUCACCUUUAAUUCUACGUCGAACAUGAUUCUAUGGUACUUUGCUAAUAUGGAAUUUGGGAAAAUUCUUGACAUAAGACUUCGAUUUCGACUUCCACUAGAAGCUGACACAGGUGCACGAUAUACUAUAUUAGCAAAUUGUUUUGGUUUGGACGAUAUGGGUCCAUCCAUCUAUAUAGGAGUACAGAGUGGUGUAAACAAAAAAAUUGUUGCUUUUCUGGACACUACUGAUGAUGUUAAUAUGAAGGAGAUAUCGGUUCCAUAUUUUGGGGGUUGGACAGAUAUACGACUAACAUAUGACGGGAUGAAGCUUCAGCUCCAAUCUGGUAUAGUAAUGACAGAAGAUAUAAGAUCUGGAGCAAUCACCAGACGACAACCACCACUAGUAUUUGGAGUGUCUGCAAUGCCUGAUGACGUUGAUUUGAUCGGAUUGAUAGAUGAAUUUCAAAUUUCAAAAUGUAUUCCACCAAUAACAAACCCUCCAGUAUUAACAAUACCAAGUCUCCCUGGGCUUGCACCAAUUCGAGCUGCACCCUUGUUACUAACGCCACCAACUGUUAAUCUAGAUACAUCAAUCACUACAAGACCUAUGACAUCACCUGUAACUUCACGAACAUCAAUGGUGCCAAUUCUCUCAGUCAGAACUCAAACUCAAAACGUUCUAGCCCAGACACUAUGUAGUACAGCACCUACCAUACCAGUAAUCUUACCAGUAUCCGGAGACUGUGCUUCUUACAUAGAAUGUUCAACUAUUAAUGGUGUUUUAAACUAUCAGACAUUAGAAUGUUCACCAGGAUAUUUCUUUGAUGCUUCAAGUCAAUCUUGUAAAUGGGCGGGUGAUGUUACUUGUAUGAGUGAUGUCUGUAGAGUAUCACCAGCUGGUACGAACGUUGCCUUGGGAACUAGCUGUAAGAAUUACUAUAAAUGUGAAUUUGGAAAAUCUGUUGUCUCUUGCUGUGGACCAGGUGAAAUGUUUGAUGGUAAACAGUGCCAGGUUGAUAGUAGUAAUACUUGUACUGAAAAUUGUUUAAUAACAUCAUCACCAGUGUUAUUGUCGUCAUUAAAGAUCUCAGAUAACACUCUAUGUGAAGGCUGUGUUAUCAGUGAUAACUUUGGAUACAAUCAUCAUCCUGAAGACUGCUCAUUGUAUGUGCAAUGUGAACCUAUAGCUACUGGCUUUAAAGCUACCAUAAGAAAAUGUGCUGUUGGAUUCUUUUGGUCGAAAACGUCUGAUACAUGUGUUCCAUCAAACCAAGUUCAGUGUAAAAAUGACAAAUGUUUAUCGCUGGCAGAUAAAUCAACACAUCCUAUGAGAGAUAAUUGUAGAAGUUAUUAUGAAUGUAAAAAUAGUAAGAGUUAUACUGCUUGCUGUGCUCUCGGAUAUGAAUAUCUUUCGGGUGACUGUGUGAUAGAUACUGACGGAAGCUGUACAGAUCGAUGUGUUACAGAUCCUGUCAAAACUAAAUCAACAUGGAAAGAUCCAUGUACAUAUCAAAGAGCUGUAUUAGGCGAUGAACUGGCUUUUGAACGUUUUUCAAAUGAUGCAAACACAUGGAUCAGGAUGUCAUGCAAUACUAAUUCUAAAUUUGACUCAACAACUUGUUUGUGUAUGGCUUCAGUCCCUUCAAUCAAAACUUCAGCAACAGCAACAGGAUGUUUCCCUGAUGCCGAUUACCCAUUCAAUACAGAUCGUUUGGACAAAUCAACACCUCCUAUUACAGCCUCGAUAACAGCCCCGUUAGUCAACCCCGGUGAUAAGGGGUUCAUUAGAUUCCAAUCAAGUCACAGAAUGGUCUUCUGGAAAUAUUCUGCUUUUGAAUUCGGGGAAUCAGUGGAAGUGCGUCUGAAAUUUCGACUACCGUCUUCAGCUAAUAAUGGAGAGCGCUAUACAAUCAUUGCAAAUUGUUUAUCCUUGUGUGAGGAUGGAUUAGGGCCAGGCAUUUAUCUUGGAAUUCAGACAGGAACGCCAAGUUAUAUCAUAGGAAUGGUUGAUACUACAGACAACAAUGAUUUAAAAGAGCUAAAAAUUCCGUAUACUGAUGGUUGGGUAGAUAUUAAACUACGGUACGAUGGUAAGAAAGUGUUAAUGCAAGUAGAUGGUACUACAGCAGAAGAUGAACGAACUGGACCAAUUACAAGGAGACAAACUGCUCUGAUGUUAGGCCGGUUUGCUAUUCCUGGUGAUUCAAACCUGAUAGGAGAUGUAGACUCGCUACAAAUCUAUACCUGCCUACCAUAG